AUACGUACAACCUCUCUCAUCUCCAACUGCAGUGAAAGUAUUUAAGCAAACUCAUCAAAGUUGUGUUCCAAAGAAAACCGAUGGAUUUGAGAAACUUCGGCUUAGACAAUUCCCUCCUCUCCACGCUCCAAGACAUGCUAGAUUUCGCGGAAGACCACGAAAAACCCACACAGAACAACCCCUCUAAAGCCUACAUCCGCGACGCCAAAGCCAUGGCGGCGACGCCGGCGGACGUCAAAGAGUACCCCAGCUCCUACGUUUUCAUGGUGGACAUGCCUGGAAUCGCGGGCGGAGAUAUCAAGGUGCAGCUGGAGGACGACAAAGUUCUGGUGGUGAGUGGGGAAAGGAAGAGGGAGAAGGAGGAGGGAGUGAAGUAUCUGAGGAUGGAGCGACGCCUGGGGAAAUUCAUGAGGAAGUUUGCGUUGCCGGAGAAUGCAAACACGGAGGCUAUAUCGGCGGCGUGCCGCGACGGCGUGGUGGUUGUGACGGUGGAGAAGCUGCCCCCGCCGGAGCCAAAGAAGCCCAAGACCAUUGAGGUCAAGAUCGGGAAUUAAAGGCAAUAUAACUGACGAGUUUACGUUUGUAUGAGGAGGCUAAGGAAGUUGUGUGAUGUGGUUGGUAAGAUGACGAUGAUGAUGAUGAUGAUGUUGUUGUUUCUCGUUUUCUCGGUGAUGUACAAUGAAAAGUAAGCAUUUCGCUUGUAAUUAAUAUAUAAAAGUUGUGUGCAUCAGUAUAAUAUAAUCUAUUUCGCAUGGGAAUUUAAUUUUU